AUGCUCUGUGUCUACUGGAUCUGCACUGACAACUACGGUGACUUCACGAAGAACCAGACUCCAGCUGAGCGACUUAGUCGUGAGAGUUGGCGCAGGCUGCAGUGGUGGGUCAGGAACGUUGUGAAACUGACGGGCGAUCCCAUUGCGGUGGAUGCGAUGCUAUGCUUCAUGGCAAUUCACGACUUGGGCAAGAUCCGUGAUAUCCGAAGGGACUUGUCUCCGGGUAUUCGAGAUCACGACAAAGCUCUCUUAUAUAUCAUCGAGAAUACCCCCGCAGUACUCCCUAGCUAUCUGAGGUUGCCUGCUUUCUACCAGAAGCUGAUACAUUCCGCACUUACUGUGGAGUUCAACUUUGGUCAGUUUCUGCAGGGCGAAAAUCUGCCGGCCAACUUGGUGAAGGUGAAGACUAUGCUGGGUGACGAGGGGAAGGAUGCUUUGUCGUUCUAUCUGUUCCACAUCUUCGUUGACAUUGCUG